AUGGCGAUGAUGAUGGCUGGCCGUGUGCUGCUGGUGUGUGCCCUCUGCGUGCUGUGGUGCGGUGCCGGCGGUAGAUGUGACGGGGGAGAAACGGCGGGUCUUGGGAGUGCUGAACAUCUGCCGGAAUCACAAGAACCUGGAACGUCUCCAGAAGGCACCCAAGACUUACAAGAUGAAGCAGGAGGUGUUGUAGAGACAGCAGUACCUUCCACAUCUUCAGAGGAUGAAGAUAAAGAAGAUGCCAGUGAAGAGAAUGAACAUGAAGAGACGGAAGAUGGAGAAAAAAAAAGUAUAGAAAGGCAGGGUGAUCAAGGAGGAACAGUUGCAUCAGACCCAAAUUCCGGGGAAAAGAAUUUAAUUGGCAGCGGGCAGGAAAACAACCCGGCAAUUGUACCUGCAGGGGGCAUUUCACCUUCCGGCAGUCAGGAAUCAAAUGCCAAUCCUUCGCAACCGGAAGUAGAUGAAAAGAAGGAAACCGAAAAAAGUUUACCUGCAGUAGAGAACGCACACACACCAGGUAACAGAGAGAACACACUGCCUGGGGGAGUUGCGGGAGGAAAUCCUCCAUCACCUCCAGAAGACGGUGUUGCUUCCCGCGAACACGAUGGCGAAGACACCACGAGUGGAGACAAAAAAAAUGUUCCGUCGCCUGAGACCGCAGCCACACCACAAAGCCACCGAGACAAAGGCUCAGAAGGGACUGGGGAAGAUACAAAAGCAACGACAGUAACCGCCAACACAACUGAUACGACGAGCACACAAAACAGUGACGGCAGCACCGCGGUCUCCCACACCACCUCCCCUCUUUUGCUUCUUCUUCUUGUUGCGUGUGCGGCUGCUGCGGCGGUGGUGGCCGCGUGA